UUAUUUUGAAAGAAGUGUCGCCAAACUUCCUUCCUCCUCAAUCAAUAACUCUUCAGCUUGACACGAGCGACAGAAAACUACUCGCAAGCAGAUACACAAAGGGAGUGGACGAACCUGCUGCAAUGGGAAUCAAAUUGUACUACACCACCGUUACUGCCUCACGGACGGUGAAGUCUCAACAGGCAGAAGUGAUGCGAAUCCUCGACAGUAAAAGCAUUCAGUACGAGCUCAUCGACAUUUCUGUGGGCGGGGAGCUCCGUGAUGAAAUGAGAAGCAAAGCGGGGGACCCAACAGCGGUCCCUCCUCAGCUCUUCAAUGAAGACCACUACUGUGGGAACUAUGAAAUGUUUUCUGAAGCGGUGGAAGCAGAUACAGUGGAACAAUUUCUGAAACUGGUGUGAGGAGGGUGAAGUGUAUUUCUCCAUCUUAACCCCAGCCACCUCCCCACCCACCCACCCACCCCGUGCCCUAACGGAGGCCCUCGAUCCACUCUCUCUGCACCACUGGCAGUGUCCACCCACUUUCAAUGCCAUAAUGAUGAAUGCCAAAUAUCUAGUAUUCAGCUAAUCAGAAGACCCCACCCCCCACCCCCCUACUGCACCAUUAGACUCAAGUCUUAAUCUGUUUUAUUUUUAUGUGUUUUUUUGGUUCUUUCCUUUGAUUCCAUUCAGCCCCUCUUCCUGUCUGACAGACCAGUGUUACUAAGUGCUCCUACUCCAGCAGGAAUCAAUGGGGUGUCUAAAUAUGCGGUAAUUAGGUCGACUAAUCUUGGCUGCGGCCACAUGAUCGUUGGAGAUUAAUCUAAUCCACUGGAUGACAACAUUCAACCCUGAAUCUUCCUGAUCCUCUGCAGACCAAACACACAUCAUCACUCAGUCUUAACUACUUUGUCGUCUUUUUUUUUCUGUAGCCUUCAAGUUCCCAUGUUGUACAUGACGGCACACUAUUUGUACUUCACAUGGAUGCAAAUGCACACGGAAGUAGCAAGGACCGUGAUGUCCUUAAACCCAAUUAAUUCAGAAUUAUAGCAGCUAAAAGAUGCCUUUUUUGGCAUGGACAGUUUUUUCUUGUUCUCUUUGGUCCAUUGGUUACCUUAUGCGGUGUGCGAUGAGAGUUUGGUUCCAAAAUGGGAAUCCACUACAGCCCACUGUGCUCCUGUGCUGAUCGGACCUGACUGGUGGGUGGGUAAUGCCACCAGAUUUCAAGAGAGUGUCUUCCUGGACAGAUAUUAAAUAUACAAGUUACUUUAAUGAAGCUAGAACCUAGCACUUGCCUGUGACACAUUAAAGGUACCCUGUGGAGUCAAACAAAUGUUGACAUUUAGUGUUUCUCACAAAAAAUGCAAUGUCCUCGAGGUCUGAAAAAAUGUUUUGUGCAUUCCCUUCCCGACAUUUACAAAGACUGAUUGUUAGAACAUUUUAAAACGUAUAUUGUUGACAUGUCUGUCUGUUAGCUUGCAGUCCUCUUUUAAACUCAUUGGUACUCCUGUUUGCACGUUACUGUCGCCAGUAGUUGAUCUGAGUAUUGUGAAACUGGUGACAGGCAGUGUGUAUUGCUUGUGAGCUGGAUACAGACAUAACAGGGACCCACUUGUAAAAACAUUGCUCUGUUGCGCCACUAGUUGUCAAAAACUGCACAAGGUACCUUUGACGUGGCUUUAAAUAAUCAUUAAUCAAUUUAGUACCCUGAGGUCAUGCCCCACAUAUUUUUCAUGAAAUUUAGGGAUUUCUAUUUUAUCAGGCUAAUGGAAAAAAGAAUUCAGUGUAUUCCUGCUAAAAAAAAUUGAGCGUAGAGAAACAUUUAGAUCUUCAUGAGAGGAGGUAAAACAUAGUCAUCUAACAGAAAAGACACUUUUGCCAACUGUGUUUUUGGUAUCUUGUCAGACCUUUCUAAGGGGGGGUAGGGUUUCAGGGGGGUGUUGGACUUCAGUAUUUCAAAGGUCACGGUUAUGCCCCUGUUUGUAUCAAAAACUGUUGGAUCUGGGGACCAAACACUCUCCUUAGACAUGGUAUAAUGGUCUCCAAUGAGCCAAACUUAUUCAAAAGUUGGUGUACUCUUAAAUAAAUCAGUGGUUAAACAUCAAGCUGCUUAGUUUUAGCAUCCAGUCAAACAGGAUGAAUGUGUUUAUUAACAUCACAUUUGGUGCCAAUAUAUAUCUGUAAUGCGCUUUUGCAGGUGGUUAUUCACUGUAGGAUUAGCACUUACUUGACAUCUUCUGUGUUUUCCAUAAUUUUACUGUACUUGAAAGCUAUGUUUCACCAAUGGGUGCUCUGUAGUGUUGACUGAAAAAGACGCCAAACAUUUCGAAGGGAGCGAUUCGUAGGGAGUGUAAAUGAUUGGACAGAAAAGAUGUGAAUCUUCUUGCUUUCAACCACGUAGCUUUUCAUUCCUCUGUUAAUUUUAUGUUACAGUUUUACUGAUUGUACCGGGCAUGAAGAUGCAGUAAUGUGACUAUGCACUGAAACCCUGCCUCAUUCUGAACUGACAUUAAGGUCAAAGCUGGUGUGUUAGAUUGACCUGACUCAGUCUUACUAGCCUUAGGGAACGCUGACCACAUGGGAAAAAUGAAGGCUUCACUUAUUUGUGCUUUUAUGUAUUUGCAUUUAUUCACUUGAUUGAUCUCAGUUGAAAUGUUAUGUUCAUGUACUAGUCUCAUGUCUUUUUUUAAUAUCAAGAACAACAUGGUUUCCUUCGUGACAUCUGUCAAACUCCCACACUUUCAUACUUGUGUUGUUAUGGUUUGAGAUCCCCAGUAAUGACAGCCUUCACACACACAAUGUUUGUGCACUGUUAUGUAAGUCGAUGGUUGUGGAUGUUUGCCUGUUAUUGAUGUAUAUUCACUAUGAACCAUGUUUUAGACAUUCCAUGUCUCUCUCUGAGCUCCUGCUUUGCUUUUGGACCAAUUCCCCUUGGCCAAAAAAUGAAGAAAUUAGGGAAUAAAAUGCUGUUGUCUUCCAAGAAGAUUGUGAAAAGUGAUUUAUGGGUUAAAAAAAAUAAAAUGGAGUUGAAUCUA